AUUAAUAUUUAGUUAUAUUCUCUAACAAUUUAUAUGAACACCUCCAAUCUGAGAAAAAAAAGUACCUACGACUUAUAAAAAUAAAAGUAUAUUUCGAAUAGAAAAAGGCAGGAUUAUGAGAAGGAUUUAGAAGAGUCAGAUCCUGACGAAUAUGAAAACGAUUUAAAUGAUUUAAAACAAAGAUUGCAUAUUAUAAACUACAAUUAUUACACAGAAGCAUUGAGAUUAGCUUUAAUUGAAAAAAGUCGUCCACUGAUGCCUUUGAAGUUGGGGCCUUUAGUCUAAAAAUAAACACUUUAAGCUGACUAUCUUAGAGGAGUAAAUGGAUAAACAGCCAUUACAGGAUAGUUUAACUAAGGUAAUAUAUUAUAAUAUAAUGAUUUAACAUCCUAGACUUACAAGCAAAUGUAUCAAAAUCAGCAAAAUUAUUAACAUAUAAGACAAUCCUAAAGCAGUCCAAAGUUAAUAAAUAGUCAAAAUAAUCCAUAUGGCAAUUAGCAAUAUUAAAGAAAUUCAUUUUAGAAUUAUCCUGCUUAAAAUCUAGACGCUGUAUAGCUUCCACAAAUAAACCAAAGUGCAGUUUAUUAAAAACCUAAGUAUAAGGAAUAGCUACCAAUGAUAAGUUCUCCAACAGGUUCAAAUUAGGGUCAAAAUAGACUUUCUUUUGACUAACAGCAAUAUAUAAACAACUUAUAAACUUAAUAAAUGAACUAUCCUUAGUACGAUACAACUAAAUUAUAACAGCAGCGUUUAACUUAGCUUGGAACUCCUUAUGAUAACUAAGAAUAUUUUUAAGUAAUAGAUGGCAAAAAAUAUAAAAUUAAGCAAAUGUCUGUGAAUAGUCCUUAGAUUUAAGUCUUCGGAGCUGAUGAAUAUGCAUAAUAGAGGAAGAAGAAAAAAUCAGUCUUUCACUCUAAAUAAAAUGAUUAAAUGUAUUCUAAGAAAUAAUUAAGAGAUUAUGAAUAGCAGGAAGAGGAAGAUUAAUAUGAUUAACCAGUGUCUAAAAGCAGAAAAAGUAUAAAUGCAAGAUCCAAAAGAAACAUAGAAAUGAAGUCAUAAAAGAAAAUAGAUAACUAUGAAGAUGAUGGAUAUGAUGACUAAGAAGAUUAUGAUGAUAAUUAUAAAAGAUCAAGAUAGUCUAAAAGCAAGCUGAAGUCAAAACAAUAAAUUAAAUAUGAUUAAGAUGAUGAUGAAGAAGAUCAAUACAACACAAGAUCUAGGAAAAGAAAUAAAUCAAGAAAACUUUCAAGAGCUUAAGAGCAAGAAGAUGGUGAUUAUGAUGAUAAUAGAUCAGUUAGAAGUAACAAGAGAAGUAAAUCAAGAAAAAAUACUGUCUCAUCUAGAAGAGGUGGUGACUAUUAAGAAGAAAAUGAUGAUGAUUAUAUUUAGAAAGGCAAGAAAAAGAAUAAAUCUAAAUUUUUUAAAAAUGAAGAUAUUGAUGACUUAGAUGACUUAGAUGAGUUUAAGCCCAAACAAAACGCAACAAAUGACAAUCAAAGUGAAUAUGACAAUACCAAAAAUCAAAGGAAAAAGACUUUUAUUAAAUCUAGAAAUUAAGAUGAUGAAUUCAACUAAGAUGAUAGAACCUAAAACCAAACCCAAAAAAAGAAAAAGACUAUUAUCAUAAACGAAGAUAACUAAGAUAGCAAAUAUAAAAGAAGAGAUGCCACUGAAAAAAAGAAAACUGUGCUCAUGUCUAAAAAUUAAAUUAAAAGUUUAAAGCAUCUAAAAGACUUAGAGGCUGAUGAUUUAUGA